CUGUUCACCUGGACAUUACGAAGCUGCCAGUAAAGUUAGGAAGACUCUCCCAUAGUGCUUCCAGCCAGACUUUUAUUUUUAUGACUUUUGACGUCAGUGAAGAACUCUUUAUGUACCUGGGAGAUGGUUAAACUGAAACUUUGUCAUGUGGAGUCAAGGCUGUCAGUCAACUAGUGGGAUCACUAACCACGGAGCGGCCCUAUCAAAGAAAGCGACUCUUCAGAUUUUGCCCAGCACAGUGUCGCAGCUGCUGUCUGCCUCUCAAGUCAGCAAGGACGGCUUCGCUAUCUGUGAUUUAGAGCUCAACCAGGUUGCCGUGGUGGGCGUAGUCCGAGGCUUCGCUCCGUUUGCGACCAACAUCCAGUACUAUGUGGACGACAUGACUGGCCCACCUUUGAAUGUCAGGCAGUGGGUCAACUCAUCAGAGGACUGUUCACACAUGAGCGCCGCCUCUUUUGGAACAUAUGUGAAAGUUACAGGCAGUCUACGGAACUUCAAUGGUCAAAGGUCAUUGCUGGCAACGAAUAUCCGUUGCAUUACAGACCUGAAUGAGAUCACGUCACACAUGUUGGAGGUGGUGUGGGCCCAUGUGCAGCUUUUUGGGAAGGUGUUUGAUGUGAACAUGAAUGCCACUGCUGCUUCACUGUAUGACAAGUAUGGACAUUCUCAUGGCAUUUUACCGAACAACUUGUCCACCAUCCAGUCUCAGGUGUUGCACGCUAUCAGGACGCUCUCUGUCCACGGUGAUGGCAUCAGUUUCCACGACCUGAAGACAAAGCUGGACUACCUCAGCAUCAGAGACAUCAGAACUUGCUUGGCUUUUCUGCAAAACGAGGGCCACAUAUUCUCCACCACUGAUGAUCAUCAUUUCAAGUCAACACAAUAUUAGUCGUCUGGAGGCUGGUAGAACGUUGCAGUCUUCUGCUCAACUGUAGAUGAUCAGGAUUUAUUUUUAUUUAUUUUUUUUCUGGUGAGAACUUAUAAUUAUUUCUGUUCAUUAUGAUGGCUUUGUUUGCAUUGGUGAUUGUGUAGUGUAUAGUUUGACUGGUGUAUUGCUCAGGCUCCUUUUGUUAACUAUAUUUUUGUUCAUUUAUUUAUUGUACUUGUGGGUGUCCUGCAAAUAAUAUCACAACGGUUGUACAUAAAGAGUGAAGAUUAAAA